AUGGAGUACUGUGACUUGUCUACUGUUCGUUAUGUUCCCACUAGUAACACUGAUGCACAUACUUCCAAUUUCUUCGAUGUUCAACCAUCUACUAGUACUGCCUGUUUGGAAGAAUUGGAGUUUAUCCAUACAGUAGAAGAAACUCCGAGCAUAGAAAAAGAUGAUUAUGAAGAUGAUUACUAUGAAUAUUAUUACCAAAUGAAAGAUAAUCAAGAAGAUAUACUGAAAAAAUUAGAAGAACAACUGCGAGAAACUGAUUCAGAGCAAGCAAAGCUUGAAGAAGAAUUGUUAUCCAAAGCGGAAGAGCUCAUAACAGAGCAUAAAGCAGAAUCAAAAAAUCAGGAAUUGCUUAAAAGCCAAUCUGAAGAAUUGCGGAAACAGAGACAGGAGUUGCAAAGGUUGAAAGCAAUGUUCAUGGAAGCCAGUAGGACCAGAAAAAUUUUCUGUUGUUUCAUUUGUAGCAAAGCUUUUGGCGAUGAAGAGUCCUGUCGACAGCAUGUAUCCAAUGUUCAUCUAAAAGAUAAUGAAGUUUACGCUUUUAAAUGUAAAUAUUGCUACAUGCGCUUCAAGAAGCCUCAUCAUCAACGAAGACACGAGAAAACUCAUGCACGCAGUGUCAGUGGUUACUUUUCCUGCGAUCAAUGCCCUGAUAUAUUCAAAGAAGAAAGAAGUCUUGCAUAUCAUAAGAGUAGCAUGCAUUCCCAAGAUCUUCAUGGAGCUAAGAUAGAAAAGAAAUUCGAUUGUAGUUGCGGUAAAAAGUUUGGAUUAGAAGGAGAAUUGAAAAGGCAUAAAUAUUACUGUGAGAACAAAGAUGCUAUAUUAGAGCGACGCAGGACAGCUAAAGUUGAGUUAGUUGUUGGAAGCCCCCAGUUAAGCCCUGCCGAAUCGUUAGCUUCUUCUGUAGUUCGAAGCUUAGGUGGUAGACCAGUUAAAGAUAAAUCAUGUCCGUUUUGCCAUCAAGUUUGCGCGUCUGUACAAUCUAGGAAUCGUCACAUUGAACGAAAGCAUUCGGACAAAAAGAAUGAUCAAGAGGCUGUCACGGUCAAAUACACAAGGAUAGAAUCGCCUGACUUGCCAUUCUGCUGCGUAGUAUGCAACAACCGUUUCGCUACACAAGCUGCUCUCUCUCUACACAAACGUCGGAUUCAUGAUCAGAUUCUUUCCUACGAGUGCUCACAAUGUAAUAAAAAGUAUCCUAUAGCCAGUGAGCUCAGGAAGCACGUGAAACGGGUUCACAACGGUGAUAAUAUAUUUUGA